ACUGAACUGGCAUAUGUCCUUCUUAAUAGAACUGGAAUAUCAGAUUCUAUACCAGAGGAAUGGUUGUUGAAGCUAUCUUCCCAACUCGUAAACUUGGAUUUAUCUUACAACCAAUUCCGAGGAAGGCUUUCAUCCAAUCAAUUGAUAAGAUUUCCAAAGUUAGAUACAAUAAGUUUGGAUCAUAAUCAAUUUAAGGGCCCACUCCCACUUUGGUCCACUAAUGCCACCUUCCUUAAUCUCGAAAGCAAUUUAUUUUCCGGGCCAAUCCCCUCCAAUUUUGACAAGCUCAUGCCCAAAUUGAAAGAAAUGUAUCUUUCGGAGAAUCAUUUGAAUGGUACAAUUCCACCUUCUAUUUGCAACAUGCAAGACCUGAGACUCAUUUCCCUGAGGAGCAAUCAUUUUUCUGGAGAAUUCCCUCAUGCAUGGAGUUCAGAGAGCCAUAUACAGAUUGUAGAUGUUGCCUACAACAAUCUCUUUGGUAAUAUUCCCACUUCAAUGGGAGUAUUAACUUCUCUUGUAAUAUUGAAGCUCAACAACAACAAUUUUGGCGGUAAGAUUCCCGAUUCUUUGCACAAUUGCUCUGUUUUGAAAAGUAUCGAUCUUGGAGACAACAAAUUAUCUGGGAGCAUACCUCCAUGGAUAGGAGGAUCAAAUGUAUCCAUGUUGUACAUGCUACGAUUGCGAUCCAACUUUUUUACUGGGCAAAUUCCCAUACAAUUGUGCAAUCUUGGCAACCUUCACAUCCUCGACCUUAGCCACAACAACUUUUCAGGUGCUAUUCCUAAAUGUUUCAAUCAUUUGACUUCUCUCAUCAAUGUUAGUUAUGGGACAUCCGAAUAUGUCGAUGAGGAGCCAACCAUGCUGACAUUAAAAGGACAAGAACUCGUGUAUAACACCACUCUGAUGUUGGUAAAGAGCAUUGAUCUUUCAUCAAAUUUUUUGGAAGGUGAAAUCCCCCAAGAGAUAUGUAGCCUCACUUUAUUGGGUACCUUGAACUUGUCAAGGAAUCAGUUGACUAGUAACAUCCCCUCAAUUGUUGGAAGUAUGCAUAUGCUCGAAACUCUUGAUCUCUCACACAACCAUCUUUCAGGACAUAUUCCUCAAAGCCUUGCUUCCUUAACAUUUUUGUCCCACUUGAAUUUGUCUUAUAACAACUUGGUGGGAAGAAUUCCUUUGGGCAGCCAACUUCAAACACUCAGUGAUUCCUCCAUUUAUAUGGACAAUCCAUCACUGUGUGGGGUUCCUCUUCCAAAGUGUCCGGGUGAUGACACUUUCACUGCUACAAAUGCAAAACAUAGUAAUGAAGAUGGAAAUGAUAAUGGAGCAUUGUGGUUCUAUGUCAGCAUGAUCCUUGGCUUUAUUGUUGGCUUUUGGGGUGUUUGUGGCACAUUACUCCUGAAGAAAUCAUGGAGGUAUGCUUAUUUUCAAUUUUUUGACGACACCAAAGAUAAGGUAACAUUAGCAAUUGCAUUGAAAGUGGCUCGUUUGCAAAAGAAAGUUUUGUCAUGUUUAGUAGUGUACUAUAAUUUGAUCCCAGUAAAACAUUGCAAUGUGGAUCUAAAAUUUACUGUCGCUUUCAUCAAGUAUAGACAUCUGUUGGUGUUUCCAGUAAACUAUGGUAUGCGUUGUCAAUUAGAGGACAGUGUGUCUGUGGGUGGAAGAGCCAUCUGGGUUUAUCCAAGGAUACUCUACUAG